UGUGCCCCCAUCGUUAUAAGAUAAUAUAAAAAUUUGUGAAGUAAACAUAUAUAUUAAAAUAUUAAAAUGUUGCGAAGGCAAGCAAGACUUCGUAGAGAAUAUCUCUACAGAAAAUCAGUUCAGGAUAAAAUAAAAAAUAUUCAAGAAAAGAAGGAAAAACUAAAACGCAGUUUGGAAGAAAAUGUACCGAUACACCCCGAUCUAAGGAAAGAUGCUUUAAACAUACAAAAAAGGUUAGCUUGGGAAGAUGCUGGACCAGAAAUGGCUGUGGCUAUUGGGACAGAAAUGGGGGGAACAGGAGGAACAGGCUCUCAUGAAGAUGAUGAAUACAGAUGGGCUGGAGUUGAAAACCCAAAGAUUGUGUUAACAACCUCUCGUGAUCCAAGUUCCAGAUUAAAAAUGUUUGCGAAAGAAUUGCGUUUGAUAUUUCCAAAUUCUCAGAGGAUGAAUAGAGGAAACUAUGACAUGAAACAACUUAUACAUGCCUGUCGUGCCAAUGAUGUCACAGAUUUCAUAAUUGUGCACGAACACAGAGGUGUACCAGACUCUCUUGUCAUUUGCCAUCUACCUUAUGGACCUACUGCAUAUUUUACAAUGUCUGAUGUUAUCAUGAGACACGAUAUACCUGAUAUUGGAACAAUGUCUGAGCAAUAUCCUCAUCUUAUUUUCCACAACUUUAAAACAAACCUAGGUGGACGUGUUAUGAAUAUUUUGAAGUAUUUAUUCCCUGUGCCAAAAGAAGAUAGCAAACGAGUAAUCACUUUUGCUAACCACGAUGAUUAUAUAUCUUUUCGACAUCAUACUUAUAAGAAAGUUCAUGGAAAGGACAUAGAACUGACAGAAGUUGGACCUAGAUUUCAAUUGAAAUUAUACGAAAUUAAAUUAGGCACUUUGGAUAUAGAAGCAGCAGCUGAUACAGAAUGGGCUUUAAGACCUUACAUGAACACUAUUUAA